AUGAGCUUGACGGACACUCAACUCGACGACGUCCUUUGGAGUGCGCGUGCUGGCGAUGUAGAGGCAUGGAAUGAGAUCAUAAACCAAGUCGAUAUACACGUAGCGCUAUCCGCAUCAAAUGAUAUGGGCAACUCUGCGCUACACUACGCUGCUGCGAAUGGUCACCUUGACUUGUUGCAACAAGUGCUGCCGGAAACCAAUUUGGACAUGCUGCUUUCACGGAACGAGGCAGGAAACACACCCUUACAUUGGGCAGCAUUUAAUGGACAUCUUGAAGUGGCAGAAAGUCUCGUGGAUCGUAUUGAGGCUCUUGAGACGCAAGACGAGCCGUCAGCGCGUCGACUACGCGAGCAAGAGGAUCGUCGUGAGCAUGAACGUCAUGCUGAAAAGAACAAAGAUACAGAGGGAGAGUCGGAAGAUGCACGCAAAGCAGAACUUGCACAUCAUGACGAAUUGCAGAGCGAACGUGCACUAUGGGAUGUUCGGAACAAGGCUGGUCGCGGACCCAUGUCUGAAGCACAAAUGUCGGAUCGGGAGGAUGUUGUACAGAUGCUUCUCCGGCAUUUGUCCGGUGAAAAAAGAACCCAAAAUAGCACUGACGCUGGAUCCGCGUCAGAGUCAGCUCCAACGGUCGACGUUGAAUCACGCACAGGGAAGUUGAGCGUGUCUGAUACGUAG